UGUGUUACACAAUAUUUUAUUUUCCUUUGGCAAGACACUGAACCCCAAGUUGCUCCUGAUGAAGCCGAAGAAUGUUCCACAUGCUGUCCAAAUGGCUGGGUGAGAUACGAGAGACGUUGCUACAAGUAUCAGGCCACCUAUAUGGACUGGGCUUCUGCUGAGAAACACUGUCUGGAUCUCGAUGCGCACUUGGUCUCAAUACAUAGUGAAAAAGAAUAUCAGCGGGUUAAGGCUCUUAUCCGUGCUCAUGAUUACCAGGAGAAUCCAACAUGGAUCGGCCUCAGUGGCUGUCAGAAGACAAAUAGGUUUUUUUGGUCUGAUGGCACCAAAUUGACUUUCACCAAGUGGAAUCCACCUGAACCCAAUUUUCUAUUCGGCGAGUGCUGUGUGCAUAUGAACUAUGGCUACAGUAAGAACUGGAACGACAUAUCGUGUCGUUACACCUAUCCCUUUGUGUGCGCCAAGAGUUUUAAGUGAAAUGCUUCCAGCUUCACCUUAACAACUAUAAUACAAUAUUGGGAAGGUUUUCCUUGUUACUAAUGGAUUUACAAAUAUAAUAAUAAUAAUUUACUGUGGCAACUUACCAUAAUUAGAGCAAUAGAACAAUAUUUUAAAAAUGUAAAUAAAAUGUAUUUCAUUAA